ACCCCAAGAUGGCUGAGACUGGUGCUGCAUGCCCCUUUGCAGGUGUUGGCUGCUCCUUCAAGCAGGGGAGCCCACAGUCCAUACAGGAGCAUUCAGCCACUUCCCAGACCUCCCACCUCAACCUGCUGUUGGGGUUCAUUACACAGUGGAAGGCCCAGCAGGGUUCCAGCCCAGGGUCUGGGCCCACAGCCUUGGAACGGAACCUGUCAGACCUGCAGCUGCAGGCAGCUGUGGAGGUACCGGGGGACCUGGAGGUGGACUGCUACCAGGCCCCCUGUUCUGAGACCCAGGAGGAGCAAGCCCUGAAACACUUCAUGAAAGAGAAGCUGCUGGCCGAGCUGGAGGAGAAGCUGCGUGUGUUUGAGAACAUUGUCGCCGUCCUCAACAAGGAGGUGGAGGCCUCUCACCUGGCCCUGGCUGCCUCCAUCCACCAGAGCCAGCUGGACCGUGAGCACAUCCAGAGCUUGGAACAGAGGGUGGUGGAGUUGCAGCAGACAUUGUCCCAGAAAGACCAGGCCCUGGGCAAGCUGGAGCAGAGCCUGCGUCUCAUGGAGGAGGCCUCCUUUGAUGGCACCUUUCUGUGGAAGAUCACCAAUGUCACCAGGCGCUGCCAUGAGUCAGCUUGUGGCAGGACCAUCAGCCUUUUCUCCCCAGCUUUCUACACUGCCAAGUAUGGCUACAAGUUGUGUCUGCGGCUGUACCUGAAUGGAGAUGGCAUGGGCAAGAGGACCCAUCUGUCCCUCUUCAUCGUGAUCAUGAGAGGGGAGUAUGAUGCCCUGCUGCAGUGGCCUUUCCGGAACAAGGUUACUUUCAUGCUGCUCGACCAGAACAACCGUGAGCAUGCCAUUGAUGCCUUCCGGCCUGACCUGAGCUCAGCCUCCUUCCAGCGGCCUCAGACUGAAACCAACGUGGCCAGUGGCUGCCCACUCUUCUUCCCCCUCGUCAGACUGCAGUCACCCAAGCAUGCCUACGUGAAGGACGAUACAAUGUUCCUCAAGUGUAUUGUGGACACCAGCACUUAGGCAGAUUGGGCUCCUGAGGGAGGGCCAGCUCAGACUGGGGACUUAGCAAGGUGACUGACAGCCCGCCUUGGCACCCACAGCUCUGGAACACAGCAUGGACUGGAAUGUCAGGUUGACUGUGGCUGCCGUCAGGAUGCUGGGACCUUGGGCUGCCCACAAAGGCAGAGGGUCCCAAAGGACGCAGCAGAAUUGCUUCCUUCCAUACAGACCACACCACACUGGGAGGCCAGGGUACCUCUCAGCCCUGAAUGUCAAAGUCAGCUUCGGUCACACUGAGGAGAGGCUGGACAUGGCCCGAGGCAUGGACCCUGAGCCAGAGCUGCAGGGCCUGAGCAGAGAAGCCUUACAGACUGGAGGAUCUCUGCGCAGCCCAUGGAGAAUGGGAAACAUACAUGCUCUCUCUCUGCUCAGACUCAGAUCCAGACCAGGGGGCCGUAAGGGGCAGGGCCAAUGUUAAUUUGGCCUGUCCAGGUCUGGACAAGUUCCCCAUUGCUAGAGGUAAAGAGGUAGAUCCAGAGAGCUACACUGGGGGAAAGGUGUCAAG